UCCCAAGGUCUUUCCCAUUAUCAUUCCUAAGCACAUGUGCAAAAAUUAUAAUUUUCAUGAUAGAUUUAUCUUAUCAUGUAAUUACAUGCUGUAUAGCUGGAGCACAUAUAAAAUUGAUGGAAUAGCAAGCCACUAAACAAUAAAUAUGCCUCUAAGUACCCAGAAGAAACUGCAUUUUAAUUCAGUUCUCCAUAUAGCAAGAACGUGUCGAUCUUCUAUCCAAUCCAUCAUGUCCUGGAAUCCAAGUCCAAACUUUGAUGAGCAUCUAUGGAUAAUCAACAUUCGUAGAUCUCUUGAAGAAGAGCUUGAAAAUGAUUCUGAAGUUCCUGUCUCCAUUUUCAAUGUCCCCAAAAUCCUGAUGGCUACUGAUCCAGAUUCCUAUACUCCACAAGAGGUUGCUAUUGGUCCUUACCAUCAUUGGCGUCCUGAGCUCUACGAGAUGGAGAGAUACAAGCUUGCCGCGGCGAAAAGAACCCAGAAACAACUCCAGAACCUCAAGUUUCAACACAUUGUUGAUCACUUGACGAAGCUUGAGCCGAGGGUUCGAGCUUGUUAUCACAAGUUCUUGGAUUUUAGUAAUGAAACUUUGGCUUGGAUGAUGGCCAUUGAUGCAUCGUUCUUGCUGGAGUUCCUGCAAAUCUACGCCGUCAAAGAAGGUAUGGCUAUUAAUACAGGAGUUUCCUCAAGAAUGUCUCAUUUGGUUGAUUAUGCAGGGACAAAAUCAGCUCAUAAUGCUAUUCUUAGAGAUAUGGUGAUGCUUGAGAAUCAAAUUCCGCUCUUUGUAUUGAGAAAGAUCCUGGAAGUUCAAUUCUUUUCCUUAGAAACAGCCGAUGAAUUGCUGCUUUCGAUGCUAGUGGGAUUUUGCAAUGAGCUUUCACCUUUCAAGCUGAUGAAUGACAUGCAAAAACUCCCAGUUUCUCAAUCUUCACACUUGCUAGACUACUUGUACAUAAUGAUUGCGCCGACGGUGGAAGCCCCGGCAGUGCCGGAGAUAGAUGAGUCGGAGGAACAAGGAGAGGCCAUGCAAAGCAAAGGAUCGUAUGGGAAUUCAAGUCACGUAAAAGAUCUCUUCAGUGAGAUAUGGAAGCUAAUAUCAAAGCUAAACAAAGCUCCAAUACAACUUCUGAAAAGAUUAAUAUUUUCUAGACCUGUUAAACUCAUUCUGAAAUUGCCAUGGACAAUCCUCUCCAACCUUCCUGGAAUGUCCGUUCUGAAACAACCUAUUCAAUACCUGUUCUUCGCUCAAGACAAAGAAGAACUGAAACCAGAGAACGAUCUCGGCUCCAGCAAUGAAGUUAACAAGCCGCCGUUGGUGGAGGAGAUCACAAUUCCUUGUGUCACUGAUCUUGCCAACUGCGGUGUCCGUUUCUUACCCACUACUGGUAACAUCUCAAGCAUUAAUUUUGAUCCUAAGACAGUUUCAUUUUACCUUCCCAUUGUCAGCUUAGACGUGAACACAGAGGUCGUAUUGAGAAACUUAGUAGCAUACGAGGCAUCUAAUGCAUCAGGACCGUUGGUUUUUACACGUUAUACAGAAUUAAUGAAUGGGAUAAUCGAUACAGAAGAGGAUGUGAAGUUUCUUAGAGAAAAGGGUAUUAUUCUGAACCAUUUAAAGAGUGAUGGAGAAGUUGCAGAACUGUGGAAUGGAAUGAGCAAAUCCAUUAGACUAACUAAAGUGCCAUUUUUGGACAAGGUGAUUGAGGAUGUUAACAAGUAUUAUAAUGGGAAAUGGAAGAUCAAAGUUGGGAACUUUAUGAAACGUUAUGUAUUUGGUUCUUGGCAGUUUCUUACAUUUCUUGCUGCAAUUUUUCUUUUGAUGUUGAUGACAUUGCAAGCUUUUUGCUCAGUCUAUAGCUGCGGUCGCUUAUUUCAUCAUGUUAGUGGUACCACUUAAGUUUGACAAUUGUAUCAGCUGCUGCAUGCAUGGCUACUUCCAGUAAUCCUUCUGUUUCCUUUCCUUUCCUUUCCUUUUCUUUUCUUUUCUUUUAUUUUCUUUUGAUCUCAAUGGAAAGAGAAAAAAAAUUGUCUUCUUUUGUGAUCUAUGAGAGUAUUUGAUUGUAAUGGUGACAAGAUUGUAUUAAUUAUAUUUUUUAAUAAAGUUAAUUGAGUGUUUAAUC